UUCUUCAUCAAAACCAAAACCCAAUGGGGACAUGUCUGUUUCCUCUUUGCCGAGGGAUACUGUUGUCAAUGGCAACUGUUUGAGCCCUGUGAGUAAUAUCACUGUUAAUGGCAUCCUGGCUCCAUCUGAACAUAGCCUCCAGAAUGAGACUUUUCAAGAGGACAGUAGACAAGACAAUGCACUAAGACCCUUAGAGAAGGAUGCAGUAGGAAAUGGGACAGUGGAGAAAUCAUGUGGAGAGAAUCAGGACCUAAGCUCUGCUUCUGUGUCGUCUAAGCUGUCAGCAGCGUCAGACGGGAGCAGAGGCAGACUUGGACAGAGGCCAUCCCCCGGCAGAGCAAGAGGCGCCACAUCCUCGCAAACUCCCACUGAAAUCCUUAGACUGCCACCUCCUGUAGCAAAGCUGAAGCUGGGCACUUCCAGCAAAGAUGGCCGCACCUCUGGCAGCAUGUCUGUCUCGAGGACCAAGCAGAUCUCUGCCGCGGGUAAUCAGAAAAUGCGGCUGACGGAGAGACCAUCUGUUGCCGCUGCGGUCGUCACCGGUACCAAACCCCCCUUGAACCCAGUUUCGGCUGCGACCAGCUCCAAGCUGCCUGUGAAGUUCCACAGCCCAUCUGUGAGCCUGAGUCCCUCACCCCUCAGCAGCAUUCACAGCGAGCCCGGUGUGGCUACAGGCAGCACACGAGCUGGUGUCUACAGAACUGAAAAUAAGAUUGGGGGACCAGUGCCGAAGAUUUUGGGGAAACCCCCCAUCAAUAAGGUUGCUGGCACAAGAAAUGGGUCUCCUCAAAGGAAGGGCAGGCCAGCAGGUUGCAAGACUACAGCUUUACAAAAUCAAAUGCCCACGAAGUCCAUAGGAAGUCCGCUGCAAAGGACUGGUUCAGCAAGAUUCCAGCGACCAACAGCUGCUCCACCAGUGGACAAGAACAAGCAGAAGACAGGCCCACGGACCCAGCAGCCACAGACGAACGGCCAUCCAGACCUGCUCCCCGCAGAGAGUAAGCCCCUGGGCACGGAGCACUACAGAGCACAGUGCGAGAAGAGCAACCAAUGUAUCCAACAGCUGAAGAAACUGCUCAUCUCUGGCAACCGCAGAUUCGAGGCCAUCACCGUGGUCAUACAGCACAUUAUUGCAGAGCGAGAUGAGGCCCAGAAGCAGUGCCAAGAGCUGUCACAGGAGCUGGUGACUCUGCGCGAGGAGCUAGUGACAUCAGCCACAUCAUGUGAGACGCUCGAGAAGGAGAAGGACGAGCUCCACGUGACCUUUGAGGGGGUGCUGCAGAAGGUACAGGAGCAGCACCAGAGUGACCUGGCUGACCUGGAGGAGCGCCUCAAAGCCUUUUACUCAGCCGAGUGGGAGAAGGUCCACGAGGCCUACCAGGAGGAGGCCGACAAGUACAAGAACCAGAUGCAACAGCAGGUGGAUGAUUUAAGAUCCAAACAUGAAGCUUUGCGGAAAGAACUGGAAGCCAGCCAUGCUGAGAAGGUGGAGAGUCUGACACAACAGUAUGAAACCACUUUUGAAGAUCUCAGGAAAGCUCAUGAACAGGAAAUCCAGACUCUGGACAAAUCACUGAAGGAUGCAGAAACCAAAUUAUCAGAACAAAUUGAAGAACUUAUGACUGAAAACAACACUUUAAAAGAGAAGGUGGAGGCUGAGGAGGAAAGGAGGAGAAUGCUGGCUGAAAAAAAUCAGAAGGACUCCCACACCCUCUAUUUGGAGCAGGAACUGGAAAGUCUCAAAGUGGUCCUAGAUAUCAAGAACAAACAGCUCCAUCAGCAGGAUAAAAAACUGAUGCAAAUGGACAAACUGAUGGAGAAAAAUGUGAAAUUGGAUGAAAGCCUUAAAAAAAUCCAACAAGAAAAUGAAGACCUGAAAGCCAGGAUGGAUAAGCAUGCUGCUUUAUCAAGGCAACUGUCGACAGAACAAGCAGUUUUGCAAGAAUCCCUUCAGAAGGAGUCCAAAGUGAACAAAAGGCUGUCCAUGGAAAAUGAAGAGCUUCUCUGGAAGCUUCACAAUGGAGACUUGACCAGCCCUCGCAAACUAUCCCCCUCCUCACCCUCCAAGUCUUUCCAGUCUCCACGCAACUCGGGUGUCUUUUCCAGCGCACCAGUGUCACCCAGAUAACGGUAGCACAGGUUUCAUGGAAGCAUUCUGGUAACACCUGAGUGGACAGUAUAAUUCAAGACGAAAAGCUAUAUUAGCUGUGUAUGAAUCGUCACCUGAAGAGAAAUAUUCCAAAAUGGAUAUACUUUCUGCUGAUACUUGUAAAAUGUAAUUUACUACAAAGACUUUUGAAAGACAAUGUUGCACAGAAGCACUUAAAGAGCAAGGCCACCCUUGCUUUUUGCCUUUUUUGGAGGAAAAAAGGAAAUCUCAGGGCUUGUAGAUAAUCACCGUGUAUGGAUCCGGUUCCUUUUGCUCAGUGAAAGCUGGUCUGCCGGGCAGGUUUGCUGUGUGAAAGUAGGUGCCAGCCCUUGGGUGUGUGUGUCUAAGGCUGUCUUUUGUCUGUUAAAAUAACAAGUGGAUGUUUUCAUGUUUUGGAAACUCGACGUCUGUAAAAUGCGUCGACACAACGAAAUCCAAAAAUGAAUGCCCUUCUCAAAGGGGAGUUUGUGAGGAUAAGGGCUUUCCCAGACGGAGCCUUUUCAUGACUGAUAAUGUGUUGAUACGAACAUGGCAUAAAAAUGAAUAUUAAGUGCAUACUGACCAGGUAUGUGAACCAUAACUUUUCUGUUGUCCCUUCUUGCCUUUUAUUUUAACAUAGAUCUGUAUUGAGUACUGCUAUGUUCAUGUACCACUACAUUGGGUGUGAACUAGCAUAAUGCAUUCAUCUUAUUUUAAAGAAAAUAAAAUACAAUAAAAUUUACUUGUCUACACUGCAGGGAUCCUGAUGCCUGAUCAUAUGCAUUGAAUAAGAUUUGGUUGGGCUACAGGUUGUAUUGUUAGUUUUGUUUAGUCUUUUUCUUACACCAAAAACAGCUUGCUAAUCUCUUGCUUUAUCUAAUUCAGAAUUCUGUUUGACUAUGUUGGUGCUCUUACUUGGGGUACCUGUAAUUGAAAUAAGCUCUUGUAACAUGUUCAGUCUAACAAGGGAUGGAUAACGUAUGACAUUUUAAUCAGAAACUAAAGAUGCUGGCCCAACUUUAGCAUUGGCCACACCUUACACCAUCUUAACAGGCAUUGUGUUCAGAACCAGGCCAAAAUGAACUCUUGCUUCAGGCUUUGUAUGGUCUAUGUUGUGCAUGAUUUGCCAAUCAUCCUGUUUUACAGAUGAUUUGCAACCACAGACAUGCUUUACUUUAUGCUUACAGCUGCCAUUUUGCCUGUCAAUCUUCAUGUCACUGUAUUCAGAUCUUCAGUUGGAGGUUUGGAGGAGAUAUCAUGGGAAUUAAGAGUCUUGCAUCUAGGAUUUUGAUCACAUAUCCACUGGAAAGUCAGUCAUGAUGUUGUAUUAUGCUCCUGUAAAUAUUUUGGAUGCCUUCCUUUAAAUAUUAGUGUUCAUUUAACAUAGUUUGAAAAGCUGCUGCAAUCAUCUGCAUUUGAUUAUACAUAAAUGUAAGCUUUCUAUGAGGUGUAUAGCUUUUCCCCAUACCAAAAAUGUGUACAUUUCACUUUUUCACCCAGUAUUUCUCUCCACUACACCACUCUUUUUGUCCAUUGUUUUAGCUUCUGGUCACACUUUCAUCCAGCAAGUAUAAACAACCACGCAUAAUGACCAGUAUGUGUUGCCAGUAUUAUUAGGGAAUUCCUUGGAGUAAAGGUGGAGGAUUUUGGUGUCUUGGCCCUCAGCUGUGUGCUCACAUGUUGGCUUGUCGGUAUACAGUAAAUCCAUCACGGGUUCAGCACAACAGAGCUGUGCUGUUGGGGACCACGGGACCAACAACAACAUGCAUGCUUUACUAACGAGAGCACCCUCUGCUGUCCAGGCCACAGAGACUCCAGAGAACUGCCUCCAGUCGCUCAUGUUAACCCAGUCCCACUGCUCCUUUUGCAGCUUUAAGUCCCUUGAUUUACAAAGAUGUCACUGCAGUUUGAUGGUGGGGGGAAAUAAAAAGCUAAGCUUAAUGCAUAUGUUAAGAGUAAUGUCUAGAAAGAUUUUCUUGAAAUUGUAUCCCAAAAAUAACUGUGUGGAUGUUGAAAUUUAUUGGUGUGAAGUUAUGCAAAAUAUGCAAUUAAUAAAAGUCAUAUAUGAAAUAUUA